UAUUUUCCUUCUGUGUCUGAAGGCUUUUCUUUUUUCUUUUUUUUUCUUUUUCCUACUUUCUUCUCUCUAAAACUCCCCGUGUUCUCCCUGAGUCCUCACCAUCCUUAAUAAUCAACAAGGGUCUUGGCAAUAUAAGGUGAGAAUUGUAGCAAAGGCCCUGGUCCUCUAGUCCGCUUCAAGUAGCAGGCAGUUCGCAGAGAGAAACAAUAAGGAACCAGAAUAGGAAACAAAUAGUAAACUAGAGAAAAUGGAGACAAAGCAAAUGACUAGAAUUAUCUCAGGGAGCUGGGAAGAGGAAAGCCAGAAUGUUAUUCUUCCUUUUUCAUAGAACAUGAAGCCAGGUCUGACGCGUGGGGGGCACCGGUGGGUGUUUGCGGAGCGAGGGAGCGAGGAGGCGAGUGAUGAAUAGAUGUGAGGGAACAUUUGGGUAUGCGUGGACACACUUGGUCCUGCCAACUCAACUAGCCCAGGGACGGCGGAGGAAGGAAGUGACAAAAGAAAACUCAGGAUACCCAUGUACCAAUGCAAAGCAAAUUGUCCACUGCAGACGUGAAAAUAUCCAAUGCACCGAAUGAGGAACAAUGUGACACUUGAGAAAGCUAAGAAGUUGCCUGCUAACCCGAACCAGUGCAUUUGUUUUUGAAAUGUGGUGCUUAUUUGCAAAUGCUGAAGAAUACCAGCCUCCGAUAUGGAAAUCAUACUUAUAUCAGUUACAGCAAGAGGCCCCUCGUCCCAAGAGGAUCAUUUGUCCUGGGGAGGUGGAGAACAGACCAAAAUAUUAUGGAAGAGAGUUUCACGGGAUCAUCUCCCGGGAGCAGGCAGACGAGCUUCUCGGAGGCGUGGAGGGCGCCUACAUUCUUAGAGAAAGCCAACGCCAGCCAGGAUGCUACACGUUAGCUCUAAGGUUUGGAAACCAGACUUUAAACUACAGGCUCUUCUAUGAUGGAAAACACUUCGUGGGCGAGAAGAGGUUUGAAUCAAUUCACGAUCUGGUCACAGAUGGCUUGAUAACACUGUACAUAGAAACAAAAGCUUCUGAAUACAUUUCCAAAAUGACAACAAACCCCAUUUAUGAACACAUUGGCUAUGCCACUCUACUGAGAGAAAAAGUAUCCAGGAGGCUGAGCAGGUCUAAAAAUGAAUCCAGAAAAACAAGCGUUACAAACGAAGAACACACAGCAGUUGAAAAGGUAAGCUACACAUGUGACAGAAACAGUCUCUGCUUUUAAUCUGUGCCGAACAACUGCAUGAUUAAGUAUGUAUGGGAUUGGCCAGAAUGUUGGAAGAGACCCCCCCCCCACCCAAAGAAAUCUAGAAUGUUCGGCUAGGAGGGACCUUCGAAAUCUUCCGGUUCAACGGGGGCCCAGAAAUGUGAAUUGAUUUGCUCAAACUCAUACAGUCAGAGCCAGGGCUCACAAGUAAUUACUUGUGGGUUUAUUUGGAGUUUGAAGAAAAAAAUAAAACUUUAUUAUUGUUUUAUGGUGAAAAUAGUCCUUGGUUUUAAUUCCAUUUGAGGCCUUACUGGCUGUCUCCAGGUCCACGUAGCUAUGCAAACAUGUGGUAUUUGUGUCUGCCUCUCUUCGGAUUGAGUGACCAUGUGUGACGCACAGGUCAGCCUGCUCCUGAAGGAGGUCUUCGCUAGAUAACAGCUUUUACUGACAGAUACGGGAGCAUCACUGGAGAGGCUGGCCAUCUCUGGGAGGCUUAAAAGACGGCUGUCCUUUGCCCCAAAGGAGGAGUUCUCAUGCCUCGCUGAGGAUUAGAAACUCCCAGGUGGGCGGUGCUCAAGCUGCAUGGGCGGUGGCAGGAUGUGGCGGGGAAAUCUGAUUUUCCUCUCCAGUAAGUUGCUGUUUGUUUGAAAGACACCACCACAGUUUGCUAGCAGAUUUUUUGGAUGUGCCCCUUCAGGAACCAUCUGCUUUGCCUGGUCCUGUAUGUUUUCCGCUGAAAGAAAGUGACAGCCAGUCCUACCGGUCAGCCCCCACUGAGUCUGUGCUGAGCCCAGUGUUGAAGGCAAGCUUGGACUGGGGCAGAUAUAAGUAGGUGUGGGGGCAGAAUGGUGGCCAACGCUCCUUCUGGUGAUCGCUAAUCCUCAAUUAAACCGGAACGGUGCCCCCAGACUCCCCUGUUGUCCAGUGUAAGCGUAAAGCAAAGGAACCUCAGGUUGACUGGCCCCCUUGGCUUUGGGACAGGGACACACCAGAAGUCACUGGAAUGGGGAGGAGGGCAGAGGCAGGCAGUGCGGUCCUGUUGGCAGAGACGGGCAUGAUCUUAAUUGAUUUGCUGAUUGGAUUUUAGAGCCUAGAACCUUCCCCAAAAUCACAUCAGCUGAGCAGCUGGCCCAUGAAAAAAUUAUUUGCCAUUUUCUCUUUUAUAACUCCAGUGUCUCCAAGGCACCUGUCAUUCUUUUACAAAUAAUUGAUUUGGGAAAUGGUGCAUUUUCUGAUGGUUUACAUUUUACCAAAAGGGAAGGAGGAGACAUGAGCCCCAACUUUCAGAGUUUGUUCUGGUCCAGGCAAAAGCCAUUCCUUAGUCUGUUUGUAAAAAUCUGUUCGAAAGUAAUUUAGAAUAGAAAA